GUAUAGUCCGAAUGUUCUCAACACAAAUGGGGAAGUAAGAGGACCAGUUUAUCACAAUAUUCUGCUUCACUUCUAAUCUGAAUCUGAUCACUAACAGAAAACAUGUCAGGCUGCUCCGUGUAGUAUGUGCACGUUUGCUGUAGUAUAAAGUUUAGAGUUUAGUGUGAGCUGCAGACUGGGUCCCCAGAGGCUGAACACUGAGGAGACAUGCAGGCUGUGAUCGGACUGUUGGUGAUGAUGCUCGGAGCCUCUUACGGUCUGGAAACCUACUGUGACGGCAGACAGGAUGGAGCUCAGUGUUUCGGUCCUUUGGGAGGAACUGUGGUCCUCCAGCUGAUGGACAGGGCCUCAGAAAGAGAAAGAUACAAAUUGUACAAAUCGUCAGACAAAACAACACUAAUACUGACUGUGAUAAACAAUAAGAUUUUUAAUAAUGCCAUAAAAAGCAGAUCCUUAUUUAAUCUCAGUGAUGGAACAUUUAGGGUGAACAACCUCAGCAGGACUGACAGUGAUGAAUAUCCUUUUGAAAUCCGUGACAACAAAGGUAUCAAAGAGAAUCGCGCUCUACGACUGACCAUUCAAGCUCCUGUGUCCUCUGUCCGGCUGGCCUCUGAGUGUCUGUCCCAGGGAGAGAAGAGGGUCUCCUGCUCCUCUGGGGGAGGGGACAGUCCUCAGUACAGCUGGACUCUGGAUGGACGCUCACUGACAGACACUGAGCUCCUCUCUGUAAAUACUGAGACUAACAGCAUCACUCUGAAACAACACGUCUCAGGAGCAGUGGCCUGCUCCGUCAGGAAUAACGUCAGCCGCUUCUGUGGCUUCACAUUCAUCAAGUGCACCUCAAAUGAGACACAGAUAUCACAGUGGGUGUUUGCAGCCAAUAAUAUGCUGUGUGUUGAACCAACAGCACCUCCUACCACCAUCUCAGAUUCCUCCACUGUGGGUAAGGAGAGUACAGUGUCAAUUAACCCCCGCACUAACAUCACAUCCUGGAAUCAAACUGUGACCCCCCUCUCUGAAGAUGACCCAUGGUACAUUACUGAUCACUCCCUGCUCGUAUGUGGUGUGCGGGCAGCUGUGGUGGUUUUUGCAUUAAUCGGGAUUGCCUUCUAUUUUGCUUGGAAGAACAAGGACUACAAGAAGGCUGAAGGUUCUGCUUACCGUCCAGAGAGGGAACAUCAAGAUGAGUCUGUUGUGAUGGUUGAGAUGUAAGGCAUCUGAAGUUCAACUCAGGUCGUCUCUCAUCAUCUUUAAGCAUGUGAAGAUACUAGGGAGUGGAAGUAAUUUGCUGUUUUUAUUCUAAAAUUACUUCUGGCAAAUGUGUUCACAGUUCAGCAGCUCAGUAUGAGUUGUUAUUAUUUGAGGUCUGUUAGUGUUGUUUUGCAUUUGUAUCACAGUUCAAGUACAAGUUGAGGUGCCUGAAUAUUUUCACUCUUUGUAAAUUACAAUCAUGAUCAUUUAUAUCAUUUUAGUAUUGAACUCAGAUUGAAUCAUGUGCAUGAUAGUUUGUUGUUUUUCUCAUGUGAUUAAAAUGUCAUAUAUCGUUUUUUAUUUUCCUUGUUUGCUUGGCAAUACGUUCUUAUGGAAAGUCUUUUUAGUGUUGUUAUAUAUCCAAUCCAGUUGUGGUACUUUAUGAAGUUAAAUAUUGCUUUCAUGAUAAUAAAAGUAAGUAAGGUUAAUAAAGGUCUGUACAUGUUUUGUGCU